UGGUUAACCGAAGCAUCAGUCAACAAUUAGUUGUUGCCUUGAGACUCAAGUACAUAAGAGGAGCAGCUCCAUAAAACCAAAUUGUGAUUUGCGAAUAAAGAAGACAAGCGACAGAAAAUGAAUCAUUUCUUCAUUGCACUUAGCGUUGCAGUAAUUGCAUCUGCUCAAGUCUAUGCUGGUUACUCUUCCGGUGGUGGUUAUUCUUCUGGAGGUGGUGCUGGUGAAUUCCAAUUGCAAGGUACCGGUCAUGGUGCUGGACUAGGUGGAGGUCUUGGAGCAGGGCUCGGUGGUGAUGGUGCUAGUUCGGCUAGUGCUGGUGCUUCAGCUAAUGCUGGUGAUGCUGCUGCUGGUUUUGCCAGUGCUGCACCUUCUGCUUUUGGCAGUAAUCAAAAUAUUCCCUACCAACCCGCCAACACUAGAGGCAACAGUGUGUCCUCCUCCAUUUCUUAUCCUAAUAACAAAGGUGAAAUUCUUAUACACCGUCCCGCAGCUAUUAUUGUCAAACGCCCUCCCACUAAGGUCGUAGUCAAUCAUCCUCCACUAGUCGUCAAACCCGCCCCAGUUGUUUUACACAAACCCCCAGCAGUUGUUGUACGCAAAGUGUUCGUCAAACAUCAUCCACGUCCUGUCAAGGUUGAGCCUGUGUACGUCAAUGUUGUUAAGCCCCCAGCAGAGAAAUACUUUGUUAAUGAGAAACAACAAGCUGCUUUCGCUUCUCAAGCCGGUUUUGCCCCCGUCAAUGUAAAUGCUGGCUUUGCACCAAUUGGUGCCAUCAGCGGCCUCGGUGGUAACGGUUUUGGUGCCGGUUCCGGUGGUGCUGGUGCCUCAGCUCUAUCUGGAAGUGGUGCGGCUGGUGGAUUUGCUGGUGCCUUGCCUGGUGCUGGUUUCGCAGGUGCCAUGCCUGGUGCUGGUGUCGAUAGUGCGGCCAAUGCUGGUUAUCAAUUGUUACAAAACAACCAAGGUUUAGCCGCUUUGGCUAAUCUCUCUGGUUCGGGUAGCUACGGAGGUGCUGCUCCUUCAUACAGUCCACCAGCUUACAAUGCCCCUUCAUAUUAAAUGUAAACAUUCUCUAAGAAUGUGGGGAAUUGCUUCCUAACAUUGCGUGUAGUACUUGUUAGAAAAGAUUUUUUAUAUUUGUACCAUGUAUGUUGUAGUUUUUAAUAAAACUUUUUUAUACAAUUUUUAAGAAAA